AUGUGUGUCAUCUGCUUUGUGAAGGCGCUGGUGCAAGUGUUCAAGAUCUACCUGACAGCAAACUACACAUACAACUUCCGCAGCUGGCCAGUGGACUUUCGCUGGGAUGACGUGCGCACUACCACCAGUGCGGGCGGCAGUGGUCAUCGCGCAUUGACGUGCGCAGCAGCUGCAGCCGGCGUGUGGCUUUUGCGUGAGGCAGUGCUGGGUGUGGACGCAUCCGGGCGGCCACGUGGGGCUCGCAGCCAGGCGCAGUGCUUCUUGCAGCAGAUCCGCGAGCUGCCCAGCCAGCUCGCCAGCUAUGCGCUGGCCCACUGACUAGGCCGCUGGCUAGUAUAUCCUGGCUCCAUGUUCUUGAUGACUCGCGCACUGCUGCCACUGCUGCAGCAGCGCCAAGAGCGCCUCGUGGAGCGCUACCGUGGCCGCCGUGCCAAGCUGGUGGCUUGUGAUGGCAGUGAGAUCGACACCAUGUUCAUGGAUCGCCGCCAGCACCCUGGCAGCCACGGCCGCGGCCUACGCCUUGUUAUCUGCUGCGAAGGUAUCGCCGGCUUCUAUGAGAUGGGCUGUCUGUCUGCGCCUCUUGAGGCUGGCUACUCGGUACUAGGCUGGAACCACCCGGGUUUCGGAGGCAGCACCGGUGCACCGUUCCCUCGACACGACGCCAAUGCCAUGGAUGUGGUGAUGAAGUGUGCCCUGCACCGCCUACAAUUCCCGCCUGCUCAUGUGGUGGUCUACGGCUGGUCUAUUGGAGGCUUCACAGCCACCUGGGCCACCAUGACUUACCCGGAGCUGGGUGCACUGGUGUUGGAUGCCACUUUCGAUGACCUCGUGCCACUUGCGUUGAAGGUCAUGCCCCAUGGUUGGAAGGGGCUGGUGGUGCGCACCGUGCGGGAGCACCUCAACCUCAAUGUGGCUGAACAACUGUGUUGCUACCCAGGGCCAGUGCUGCUGCUGAGGCGCACGCAGGAUGAUGUAGUCAGCACCUCAAGCCGCCUGCCCAGUUUCCCGUCUGGUGACAUGGAAGGCGACGUGGAGGGCAACAGGGGCAAUGAAUUGCUGCUGCGCCUGCUGCAGCACCGCUACCCUUCUGUGAUGGCGCCAGAGGGCCGCACCAUUGUGACCCGCUGGCUACGUGCCAGCAGCCCGGACCAGGAAGCUGCCUUCUAUACCCGCUACCAUGUGGAUGAUGACUGGUGUCUGACCAUGCUGCGAUCUUACCGUGAACGCCGCCAGGAGGAUGUGGAGACCUGGGGACCACAUGGGCCCACUUUCCCCUGGUUUGUGGGCCAGGGCCUGAGCCCCCAGAGGCGCCGGAAACUAGCACUGUUCCUGGCACGAAGGCACCUCAAGAAUGUGGAGGCAACUCACUGCAGCCCCCUAGAGCCAGAGGACUUCCAGUUGCCUUGGAGACUCUAG